AUGAGCGCAGCCAGCGCACCGCGCUAUAAGUAUUUCGUACACAUGCCGCUCGCGUCAAAAGCAGUUAGUAUCGCAUUGGAUGUGAGCCACAACUUCCUAUACACAAAUGUCGGUAUGGGAGCAAAAGAGGAAGAUUUAUUGAGUGCGCAACUGGCAAUGGAUCUAAGUUAA